AUGAAUAAAAUGGAGGAAUAUUUACAUCAUGAAAAGGGUAAAACAUUGAAAUUGUUGAAAAAUUUCUUGAAAAAGAUGUUCAGUGUUCGAUGUUUCACUUUACAAGAUAGUUUCAUCUGGAGAAUGAAAUUGAAGCAAUUUACAAGCAACACAUCACAUCAUCUCCAUUUUGCAUCAUCAUCAUCAAAUAACAUUUCGAAACAUGUGUGA